AUGGAGGCUGUGUACUUUGCAAAUCUUCAUGAUCGAAUUCGGAUUUGGCACCUGAGUGAAUCCAAUGGUGAGGUAGAAUGGGUGUUGAAGAAUAGCAUUGGCCUUGUUGAGCCAUCGGCAAAUAUAUAUUCGCUCAACCCUUAUCGAAUCUGCGGACCUUGGAUAUUUGAUGACGAUCAUGUUCUUGACAAAUAUGGCAAUAGCAAAAGGCUUGAGAAUGUGAUUUCUGAUUGGGACUGGGAUGAUGAUAAUAUUCUCGAUGAGUGUGGACGUCAUCCUGGAUACUGUCCGUUACUUGGAUGUCCAUUACUUGGGUUUCACCCCUACAAAGAUAUUGCUUUCUUCCAUCUGGGGUUAAAAGCAGUGGCUUAUCAUUUUGAUAGCUCAAAAGUUCAGUACAUAGGCUAUAUGCGUCCACGAAUUCAUAUCUCAUGGUCCGUUGAUGAGUCCUUUAUAUACACCCCUUGUAUGAUUGGAGAUCUUCCAGAGAAGACUAAAAGUUAG